CUGAAGAGACCUUUCUUUCUUGUUUUCUUUCUCUCUGUCCAUCCGUUCCGUUUAAACAGGAAUUCAAUCCAGAUACCAAAAGAGUUUCUCUUUUUUUAAUCAAAUAAUCACAAAAAGCUUGUCUUUCUGUAGACCUUCUCUCAUGAAUUCAAGUCGACAGCUUUGUCUUGAAUAAGGCGCCGUUGAGUAAAUGAAUGGGUGCUUGAAGUGGAGAAAAUGGCAUUGGUGACCCAUCAGAUGCAGGGUUCUUAUGCAACAUUUCCUUCAAGGCCUUUAUCAUGGAGCAAAGGGGUGAAGUUGAAGCCACAUGUAAUGACACUUCAGAUGUUUGGGAGAACAAAUAUGUGUUUCUCAGUAAAACGCAGUCUUCUUUUAAGUGCAGGGGCUUUUGCUCUUGGACCCAAAGUGAAGCUUUUGAGAAUUUCAGCAUUUAAAGGUAGUGCACAAAAUGAUGAAUCAGGAGGCAGAAAGAAUGGAUCCAAAGUUUCCAAAAAUUAUGUUAAACUUUCUUAUGUGCCAAAAGAAAGUGGGGAGACCAUAAUCAACUCUUCAAAGGUGCACGCUAUUCCAGUUUCCUAUACUUCUGAAGCAAAUGACAGAAUCGCAGGAUCUCCUGCUAUUAAUAAAUUAUUCAAGAAAUGGCUGAGCAUGUUGCGCACGCAGUCACCAAGUCAAGUUGCAGAUGAGAUUCUGGAAGGACCUCCUCCAAGAGAAGAAUUGCAACAAGCUCAAAAUUCCACCCAAAAUAAGGAAAGAGUUGAGAUUGUAAAGUUGGUUUGGUGUCGCUUCCUGAUUCUGGAUGCAACAAUAAAGAUACCCAUACUAACAUUCAUCCCUUUGGUCCUGGCCAUCAAUGUGAUAUAUGGAGCUGGAGUGUCAAAAGAAUUGACUCCAUUGUGGAUUUUGGGGCCCCUGAUUGUUGCCAUCUACAUCAAGUUAUUCCAGGGCUUGUGGGCUCUCUAUGUCUUCAGCUUUAGGCAGACAGUUAAAUUAAUCAAGAAUAUACCUGCCUACUACCUUGUCGCCUCUGGCUAUAUCAGACAGGGGAAGCUCAAAGACGACAUGCAAGUUCAUGUGUUGCAACCUGUGGUACACAUAAAGAACUUAGACCGCAAAGAGUUUUCAAGAAAAAAGACAAAGGAAUUGCAAGAGUGGUUGACGGAGAAGUACCUAGAUUAUGUGGAAUCUAUAUGGCCCUACUAUUGUAGGGCAAUCAGGUUUUUAAAGAAGGCUAAUCUGAUUUAAAUUUGAUAAUGUUAAAGUUUUAGUCUGGGGAGAAGUGUUGAGGUUAGAGUUUCUUAGGAAAAUGUUUCAAGAGGUUGAGAUUUUUUAAGAAGUGCUGACCAAUUCCAUUUUAGACUGGGGUUCUCAUAUCAUCAGGCAAGUCAUGGAGCACAACAGAGGCAGAUUUUUCCUAUUUCUGUAAUUUUAUAGGGCAUUCUUGCACGAGAUUCCCAUCACCUUGUUCCUUUUUGUAUUAUGUUCUUUGAGGUUCCAUUGUAGCAUGUAAGUGUUCAACUCUAUUAUUGGCUUAUAUUAAUGAUAAUUUAUAUGGUUUCAAUA